AUGGAUUCGGAGCUGUUGAAAACCGAAAUUAUUGAAAAAAUUAAAAAUUUAAUGAAAAAUGAACGUAUUCAACCAGAACCUGAAUUUGAAUGUUUUUUUAAAUAUUUGGCAAUUGCACAAUCAGAUACAGAAUUUAUAAAUAAUGAAAAAAUUUUCGAAUUGGUUAAAUCUCAUGGAAUUCAUUUAUUAAACGAUGUUAAAUAUUGGUUGGAUAUUAGUCUAGAGGAAAAUUUUAAUAAAGACUGCUUACAAUCAGUUCCAGUUUUAGAUCCAAAACAUUUCAUUAUUAAUGAUUACAAUGAUUUUAUUGAAAAAUUAAAAGAAUUGCCUUCUGAGUGGACUGUUAUACAAAUAACGAAAAAGUUUACAAAAUUUGACAUUGCUUCGAAAAAUAACAGUAAAAUAGUUCCAGGAAUGCAUAUAACUAAGUUUUAUUGUGGAAAAAAUGCUGAAAGAAGAGAAUAUUUUUCAAUGGGUAGAACUUCUAGAAAGUUGUAUGAUGCUUAUAAUAAUACUAAUUCAGAAUUAUCAAGUCAUUACAUGGAUUUAAUAUUUCAAGUUGUUUUAUCGGCUAGUUUUUUAAAAUGUAAAGAUAUAUAUGCAAUUUUACGUUUGGCUUUAUAUCCAAAUGAAAAUGAAUCAGUUAAUACUUCUCAAUUGAUGUUACUAGUCGAAAACAUAAAAGUUUUGAAUUUGAGAAAAGAGAAUGCAAUAAAAAAAGCUUUAUAUAAACCGGUCAUAUUAAUUUUAGACAACGAAUUUGAAAACAUACCGUGGGAAAUGUUAACGCCUCUUGUUUUUCAACCGGUUUGUAGAAUUUCAUCGUUUCACUUACUCUAUGCCUUAUACAAAUACCAUCAACCCCACAUAAAAAACGGUUACAGGUUGGCAGAAAUGGAUAGCGUGUACAGUUUGAUAAAUCCCGGAAAAGAUUUGGAGUCAUGCGAAAAGCAAAUGAAAGAAUUUUUAAAAAAAAGAUUACCUUGGGCGGAUAAGGAAAUAGGAAUCGUACCCGAUCCAAAAGAACUCGUGACAAAAAUUAAAAAUUAUUCUUUGUACCUGUAUUGCGGUCACGGUUCGGGAACACAAUAUUUAAAAACGAAAGAUUUGAAAAAAACCUACGUCAAAGGUUUGGUUCUUCUCUUCGGGUGUUCGUCGAACAUGCCUAGAAACGGGGGUGGGAAAACUCCGCAUCAGAACAGCACGUACACGUACCUAACAAACGGUUGUCCUCUCACAAUAGGAUGCAUACAAGACGUGGGUUCGACGGAUGCGGAUGCCGCUUGCGAAUACAUGCUAUCGGAAUUUAUGCCAUCGGUCACGAUAACCGAAAGUUCACAGGCAGUAGUGACGGAUCCGAAAGAGCCAAACGUUUUAUUAGCAUUGUCUAAAGCUAAAAGCAAAUGUACGAAAUAUUGGUCGAAAAGUUCAUUCGUAGCUCGAGGGAUUCCAUGUAAAACAAUUAUUGGAAACAAAAGUAAAAUAUUUUCCGAAACCGAAUUAUUUACAAAUUGA